UUUCCUCCCCCAGUUUGCUCUCCCUUCUGCACGGGGCUGGUAGAGAUGCAGAGGCAAAGCUCAGAGCUGUGUCUUGGUCCUGAAAAAAUUCAGAGAGAGAAAACAACCAAAAAACCCCUGGAGAAAUGGUUUCGUUAGAGGAAUUUGGGGGAAAGAGUGGUUGGGGGAUUUCUUGCUGAAGUGACUGGUGUCAUUCUUCAGGCUGUUUUACAAUCCAAAGGAACACACAGAGUGCUCUAAAAAAGGGAAUUUUGGAACAAAAAUGAACUCUUAAGUGAGCAAAACUGUGUUGUUCCAUGUUGCUCUUUUUGCAGGACCCGGUGAAACACAGCAGUGAGCAUGCAGAGUUCAGAGGGUGGAUCAGACUCAGCAGCUUCCAUGGCGCUUCACCCUUCGGCCUCAGCCCAGGCUCCGGUGGUGCAGCCAGUGCCAGCUUCUCAGCAGAGAGUUUUGGUCCAAGCAACGGGCUCUGCUCCGAAAGGAGCACAGAUGCAGCAAAUAUCUGUUCCCAGAGUCCAGCAGGUUCCACAACAGGUGCAGUCUGUGCAGCACGUUUAUCCAGCCCAGGUCCAGUAUGUGGAAGGAGGAGAAGCUGUUUAUACCAAUGGAACCAUACGAGCCGCCUACUCCUACAACACCGAGGCUCAGAUUUACGCCCCCAGCAGCGCCGCGUCCUAUUUCGAAGCGCAGGGAGGAGGAGCUCAGGUGACUACAGCGGCAUCCUCUCCUCCUGCCAUUCCCUCUCACAACAUGGUGGGCAUCACCAUGGACAUUGGGGGAAGUCAGAUCCUCUCCGGCUCAGGAGCCUAUCUCAUUCAUGGGGGGCUGGAGAACUCUAGACAUUCCCUGUCACACACCUCACGCUCCUCUCCAGCAACGCUUGAAAUGGCGAUUGAAAACCUACAAAAAAGUGAAGGGAUUACAUCACACAAAAGCAGUUUGCUCAACAGCCAUCUCCAGUGGUUGUUGGAUAACUAUGAGACAGCAGAAGGUGUCAGCCUUCCCAGGAGCUCCCUGUACAACCAUUACCUGAGGCACUGCCAGGAGCACAAACUGGAUCCAGUGAACGCUGCUUCCUUUGGGAAACUCAUCCGCUCUGUGUUCAUGGGACUGAGGACCCGGCGCCUGGGAACCAGGGGGAACUCCAAAUAUCACUAUUAUGGGAUCCGCCUGAAGCCAGAGUCUCCGCUGAACCGUCUGCAGGAGGACGCCCAGUACAUGGCCAUGAGGCAGCAGCCCAUCCACCAGAAGCAAAGGUACAGAGCAGCCCAGAAGAUGGAUGGGAUGGCAGAGAGUGGGUCCAACAGCAACCCCCACACCACACCGGAGCAGUCAGUGGCUGCUCAGAGUCAACACCAUCAGCAGUUCAUAGAUGUGACCCAUGUCUUUCCUGAGUUCCCAGCCCCUGAUCUAGGGAAUGUCCUCUUACAAGAAGUUUUCACCUUGAACGACGUGAAAACUCUGCAGAUUCUUUACAGGCGACACUGUGAGGCGACUUUGGAUGUUGUAAUGAACCUCCAGUUUCAUUACAUCGAGAAGCUCUGGCAAUCCUUCUGGAGUCCGAAGGCACCACCUAGUGAUGGUCCCACUGCUCUGCCUUCCAGUGAAGAAGAACCCGAAGGGACCCUCCCAAAAGACAAGCUGAUCACUCUGUGCAAAUAUGAGCCCAUCCUGAAGUGGAUGAGGAGUUGUGACCACAUCCUGUACCAGGCCCUGGUGGAGAUCCUCAUCCCUGACGUGCUCCGACCGGUGCCCAGCACACUGACACAGGCAAUCAGGAAUUUUGCCAAGAGUUUGGAAGGGUGGCUGAUGAAUGCCAUGAGUGAAUUCCCCCCGCAGGUCGUGCAGACCAAGGUGGGGGUGGUCAGUGCCUUUGCCCAGACCCUGCGCAGAUACACAUCCUUGAACCACCUGGCCCAGGCUGCCCGGGCCGUGCUCCAGAACACCUCCCAGAUCAACCAGAUGCUCAGCGACCUCAACCGCGUUGACUUCGCCAACGUGCAGGAACAGGCCUCGUGGGUGUGCCAGUGUGAGGAGGGCAUGGUGCAGAAGCUGGAGCAGGAUUUCAAGCUCACUCUGCAGCAGCAAAGCUCUCUGGACCAGUGGGCCAGUUGGCUGGAUAAUGUUGUUACUCAAGUCCUGAAGCACCAUGAGGGCAGUCCCAGCUUCCCCAAGGCAGCCAGGCAGUUCCUGUUGAAAUGGUCCUUCUAUAGCUCCAUGGUGAUCCGGGACCUCACCCUGCGCAGCGCCGCCAGCUUUGGGUCCUUCCACCUGAUCCGCCUGCUCUAUGACGAGUACAUGUUCUACCUAGUGGAACAUCGUGUGGCCCAGGCGACCGGGGAGACACCGAUCGCUGUCAUGGGAGAGUUUGGUGACCUCACAUCCCUGUCUCCAACACUGCUGGACAAAGAUGACAUCAGUGAGCUGGGCUCUGAGGUGGACACAGACCGGGCCGUGGGGGAGCCGCUGGUGAAGCGGGAGCGCAGCGACCCUGGCCACGCCCUGCAGGAGAUCUGAGCCAGGCAUGCAGCUCCUCUCCAGCUGGACAAAGACAUCCAGAGCCAGGUUGGAUGGUCCCAAGCCUGAGCCUCCCCAGAUCUGCAUUCUUAGUGCCUCUUAGUUUCUCUUUCAUGUUUACUUGUGUUCGAGGAUGGAUCCCAGCGCCAGGGUAGGCGCUGGGAUGGGGCUGGUUUGGCCACCCUCUUCCCUCCAAUGUGGCUGCUGUCUGGAGGGAGAAGCUCCAGAGUCUGCUCCCAAGGGAUGGAAGCCUCCAUGGUCAGCAGCAGAUUGGAUGUGCCUGGCUGGGAGAGCCUGUCCUCCCUCCCCAGCCGGAGUGAGACAAACAAGUGAGGCUUUCUCCUUCAGGGAAGGUGGUUUGGGUUCCUUCCUCACUUCUCAGACUUCACUGUGAUACGAACUUGAACCAGUCAGUGCCCAAGAGGAAGGAAAAAUACCUGACUCUUCCCCUGCAGCCUUUCCAGACAAGCUGUCCAGGCUCUGGCUUUGCCAAAUCACUUGCACCGGGGAGGACAGGACAGUUGGUCUCUCUUGUACCCACUCCAGGCUGCACAUCCCUCUGAUCCUGAUGGACACAGGAGUGCUCUGGGACUACAGGAUGAGCAUUCCCACCUGCUCCCAUGUCUCCCCAGCUUGGCAUUUCACCACUGAUCCCUGAAUACUCCCGGGACACCGUCAGGCCAACUCAAGAUACCAAAGGACUCCAAGGAAGUGGCAGCCGGUUGCAGAGUGUGUUCAUUGCCUGUGGGCAAUGGCACCCCUAUCCCCCAGGCACCCCUAUCCCCCAGGGUGCCCAGGCAGAGGGGCACUGGCCCCACGUCCUGGGGUGUGUGAAAUUCCCACUCCCUGUCCAGCUGUAACGCUGAAGGAGGUGCAGCCGUGUCCGGAGCAGGGUGAGGGUGUGUGACCACAGUGCCUUAGCGUGGGCCAUGUUCCUGCUUCCCCCCAACUCCAGGAGAGCCAGCACAGCUCAGACUGAUCCAACAGCUCAUCUCAUGUCAUGAGGGGCUGUCAUGGACCCAGGGGAGCUCAGCACUCUGGUGACAUUUCCCCUCUCUGAAUCCCUUUGCCUUUUCCCGGUGGCUCCUGUGGGGCUGAGCCAGGGGAGCUCAGUAGGGUCUCUUCUCCCUUUCCAUGUCCUGUGGGGUCUGUGCUGAGGUGGAUUACACUGGGAUGAUGUGGACUGCACUGGGGUGUUGUGGGCUACAGGGCGGAGGAGGGGGGGGUGUCAUCAAGCCAAACUGCAAAAACAAAGCCCCGGGGCAAAUCUUUCUGUGAAUAAAGGCCGUGUCAUAAGUAGCUUUUAUUAUUAUGGUUUCUAAUGAUGCAGUAUUUGGUGUGAGCUUUUCCAGAGGUCUCGUGUACAUUUGCAUAGCAGAGUAUAUUCUAUCCAAAUCUCUUUAUUUCCUCGUUCCCAGUAGUACUAAGGUAGCUGUGACACUUUAAAACACAUUAGAAAUGGCCAGUGAAACCAAAGUGUGUGUAGUGGCACAUUUUCCCUCUGACUGUCCCGUGCUAUCGUUGUCUGUAAGCGUCUCAUAUGGAAACGGAGUGAAAUGAGAGAAGGAGAGAAGUGAGAAAGGCAAAUUUAAAUGUAAAUAACAACCAGAAGUCAGAGUCCAGUGUUUUGGAUCCUGCUGAUGAGAUAAGAGGGUUCAAAAAAACAGCUGAGCAACCAAGUCUUAACUCCCCUGUUCCCACUGAGGACCAUAGGAAGUUCAGCUGGAACACUGGCUCUUUCACCAAGGGACCCCAACCUGCAAACAAGAUGCUCUGGAGAUCUGCAGCACCGUGUGAGGAGUCUGGGGAACCACCUAAACCCCAUGCACAGAAUUCCAAGCCUAACCUGAAUAGCAAUAAACAUGUAUCCAAUGCUCAGGCCUGUA